UACCAAACAAACCGUUCGGAACAAGAUAAACGAAAGCGAUCUGGAGAUAACGUCACUUGUCAACAUGAAAAUUCACAACGUAUUUCCUCGCUUAUGUUGCUUUUUAACGAAAUCACAAACACGAAACACCUACAACAGUUGCCGGGCGUUUCAUUCAACUGGACGAAGUCAAUCGGUAGUGCUGACAAAGACCCGUUACCCCAAUUUGAAGCGAGGUCCGUUCUCCACUCUCGGAGACGUUGAUGUGCAGUUCUUUGAACGUCUGCUUCCCGGAACUGGAAGGGUAUUAGCUGAUGCCUCCGAAAUCGAAGGUUACAACACAGACUGGCUGAGGACAUGUAGAGGAUGCAGUGAGCUUGUUCUACGACCAAAGACAACAGAAGAAGUUUCUGCCAUUUUGAAUUACUGUAACACACAUAACCUAGCAGUGGUUCCCCAGGGAGGGAACACAGGAUUAGUGGGUGGAAGUGUUCCUGUGUUUGAUGAAGUUGUGGUGUCCACUCAACUCCUUAACCAGAUUAUCAGUCUUGAUGAAUUAUCAGGAUCUCUGGUGUGUCAGUCUGGAUGUGUCCUAGGGACCCUAGAGGACUAUAUAGCAGACUACAAUCUCACCAUCCCGUUAGAUCUUGGAGCAAAAGGCAGCUGUCAUAUUGGUGGAAAUAUAGCAACAAAUGCUGGCGGUGUUCGCCUCCUUAGAUAUGGGUCUCUUCAUGGCAGUAUCCUUGGUCUGGAAGCUGUCUUGCCCAAUGGAGAGAUUUUGGAUUGUAUGUCAACACUCCGUAAAGACAAUACUGGAUAUGACCUCAAACAGCUAUUUAUAGGAUCUGAAGGGACUCUCGGGAUUGUCACGGCAGCCUCUGUCCUGUGCCCGCAGAAACCAUCAGCUGUCAGUGUAGCAUUUCUGGGCUGUGAGAGCUUUAGUAAAGUCUUGGAUAUAUACAAACAAGCAAAAGGUAUGUUAGCCGAGAUUUUAUCUGCAUACGAGUUCCUAGACGAGGCAUCAGUGGCUGUCAACAAAGAAAACCUGAAGAUGACCUCACCAAUCGGAGACUUUCCGUUCUUUGUUCUGAUUGAAACUUCUGGCUCCAAUGGUGACCACGAUGAGGAAAAACUGAACACGUUUUUAGAAGCAAUGAUGUCUGAUGGUUUAGUACUGGAUGGAACUGUGGUCACAGAAUCCACUAAGAUUAAGGAUAUCUGGUCACUGAGAGAAAGAGUGGCCGAAGGACUGUUACACGAUGGCUAUUGUUACAAGUAUGAUGUUUCCCUGCCUCAGGCCAAGUUCUACGAUCUUGUUCUUGACAUGAGAGAGAGGCUCGGGUCGUCUGUAAUCAGAGUCGUAGGAUACGGACAUGUUGGGGAUGGAAACCUACAUUUGAACAUGACCUCCCCUACUUAUAGUUCUGAGGUGAUGGGUAACAUUGAGCCAUUCGUUUAUGACUGGGUGUCCAAGUACAGUGGCAGUAUUAGUGCAGAGCAUGGUCUCGGAUUUAAGAAAAGAAACUUUAUCUACCAUAGUAAAUCUAAGUCAGCAGUAAGCUUGAUGCAACAGAUUAAGAAGUCUAUUGAUCCAAACGGAAUAAUGAAUCCGUAUAAAGUUCUACCAGAAGAGUAGGGGGGAAAAAAUGUCUUAAAGAAUUUUCAUUUUUUUUAAAUGAUUAAGUGAAAUUGUUUUAAUCCGGUGCUAUAUGAAACACUAACCAGUAUUUUCUGAUUGAUAUUUGUGAUUGGUACUUAAUAAUGAUAUUUAUAGAUGUUGAUUUAACUGGUUUUCCAGUGGACAAUAUAUUUACAUUAUUUUCUAUUAUGUUUUAAUCUUGCAACAGAAUUGGCAGCAAACAUGUUGAUCUCUGUUAAAUAAUGUAACUCAGGUUUUUUACAUUUGGGUAAAAAAAAUUAUAACUAUAGGAAUUGACUUAAUCAAAACUGUUUUAUUUGUAUACCGAAAGUAUGCAAUUUUUGCCAUGCAGACACAAUAAGGACAAUUUUUUAACUAUAUAUACACAAAAUUAGUUUUGUGUUACAAUAUUUUACUAAAUAUACACAAAAUUAGUUUUGUGUUACAAUAUUUUAUGCAGAAAGCAGAAUGAUGCAUUCAUGAUUUUAUCCAUUAGUCAGUUAAGUGUAGUCUAGUCCAAUCUGCUGGUAAAAAAAAUCACGAAAAUAAGUUUGAUAGAGUCUUUAUCACUGGUGUAGACAGAGAAAGUUUGAUCCGAAGGUAAGAUAUUUGAAGUUGAUAAAAAAAAGGUUGUACAACACUGUGCUGAGUAGUAAACAUCAACAACCUCACCAUGACGGUUGAGAUCUAUAUCUCUGUCUAUAUCACACUGUAGUGAAGGAUCAUUGUUCUCCUGCGAUUUUCUUCCAUAAUAAAAGUAAAUUGUACUGCUGAACUCAAAACAUAGUGCCAGCAGAAGGGAACAUAAAAUGUGUGGUAGAUUAUAAUUCAUUUAAUAAUACUACACUGGUGAUCAGGCAAUAAUACUACACUGGUGAGGCAAUAAUACUACACUGGAAUAAUACUAUACUGGUGAGGCAAUAAUACUACACUGGUGAUCAGGCAAUAAUACUACACUGGUGAGGCAAUAAUACUACACUGGUGAGGCAAGUGAUAGUGUUUUUGUGAUGUUAGAAUAAUGUGUGUGAGCUGUUUUCCUCUAGGUAGGUAAAUACAUAUUUACCUUUACCUGGCAAAAAAGGUAUGCACCUGUGAAGUGUGUGAGAAUUAUAAAAUCUUUCUUGGGGGUGAGAUAGGGGAAUGUCAAUCCAAAGGGGAAGAUUCUUAAGUUGUCAAAUAUGAGUCUUACCACGAUACCCCAUCUCACCUGAAUAAUUAUUUUUCUGUUACCCUGUUGACCCUGUCAUAUAUGUACUGUAACGUUAAUGUUACAGGCUCUGCACAUUGUUGACGUGACAUCAUACAAUUGUUAUGACUGGGGUAUCCCACUUUCUCAACCCUAGGGUGAGACAAAGAUAUCUCACACCAUGAAAAGUGUGGAUACACCUGUCCAGGGCAAAAGAAAAGCUGAUAUAUAAAUGGCUGUGAAUUUAUUUUAAUAGAUGAAGUAUUGUCGUGGUAGUCCUGGUAUGGUUGUGCCAUUUCAUUAUCAUUUGAUUGUUUGUAAUUAUGAUAUAACAAUGUUUGAAAUCAAACUGAUGUAAAUAACAGCCUUUAUGAUACUGAUUUCCCACCAGUUUAUAUAGAAUAAAUUGAUUUCAUACCCUCCUUGAUCAACAUUAUCUAAUUAAAAACAAAAUCAUUAUCUUGAGGAAUAAGAUUGACAUUGGGGGAAAAAAUAUACAGGGUAUUGUUGCUGAUCAUGUGCCAAGUAAGGCUUAAUGUCAAAAUGUGUGAUGUUUUAUGCCGUGGUGCGGCGUCCAUCGUCUGUCUGUCCUCCGGUGUCAAGAUUUUACUUUAAACAACUUCUUCUUAAUAACCAAAAGGCCUAGGAUGAUGAUAUUUGGCCAGCAGCAAACUGGGA